CAAGAUGGGACAUGAACAGAAAUAUAUUCUAAAUUCAACAAGUGUUUUGUUACUGUUUUCAUUAUCCGUUAAAAUCUUAGGACUGAAUUUUAUUCCGUUUUAUGAUGGAAUGGAAAUAGCAUGCAACUCAUCACAUGAAGAUAAUAACUCUACUCUGUGGUAUAAUAUAGAGACUGUUUGGGGGUUAAACUUCACAUGUGCAACUAAUCUUGUGGUUCCUCAUACUGGAGUAUUUGCAUGUAAAACAGAAAACAACUGCAGUUCUAAAAACAUGUAUGAUAAACCUUGUGACUUGCACUAUAUGUUUAUUACACAAUCAAAAACUGAUGACUAUAAGGAUAUAAAUACUAGCACUAUUAUGCUGAAUGAGAAUCAAACUGUCACUCUGUCUUGUGAGUUUAACAGGAGUAAUUCAAAAUUUGUUCAAUUUUGGAUAUCAGAUAAUUCCAACUACGGAAGGCAAUGUUUAUAUUCAGUGGCACUUGAUGAGUCAUACAACAUUGAUAUUAAUAAGCAUUGCUGUGUUUCAAAGACAAUACAAGAGAGGAUCAAUGUGUGGAAUGGCUCGUUAUUCAUUGAUGAAGUACAGAAACACUACUUAAAUUUAACAAACGUUACAGCCUCUGAUAGUGGGAGGUACUUGUGUUUUAUCAUCUAUCAAAAAAAAAUGACACUUGUAAGUAACAUAACACUUCAAGUACAUGAAACUAAUGGUGCCACUCCCAUGCCAGGUGAUAUCUAUGGCCAGCGCCUAACUACCAACUGCAGUACACCUUCUGCAUUCCUGGUUCCAGCUAAUAAGCAAGACUUGUAUAUUAUCCUUGGAACUGUGGGAGGAGUCUUCAUUGGUAUAAUGUUUUUGGUGGUGUACUUUGUCUGUGUUAAAGGAAAAAAGAAGGGAAAAAAAUAUAGCGACUCAGAUGCAACAGAACUGCAGGGUGAUGAAUGCAUUCCAUAUGCAAUAAGUGAAAGAAGAGACCUAGAAGACAACUUAGAUUCCAUGUAUUAUGCUGUUAUACCUUCACCGGAGAAAGAGCAAGCAGGGGAAAAAUGUCCAAAGGAAAGCGAAGUGUGUAUGUUCUACUCUGUGGUGCAAGUUGACACAACAAAAGCACUAAAAUAAGAUUAUGGAUACAUGAAGAUUAGAAUCACGCCUCACAUUUAUUCUUCCUAAGAACACUGGAAUUCAUGAAGUAUUUCACAGAUCUGCUGUCUGAACAGAAACAAAAAGAUUCUGAAAUAAAUCAACUGUGGCCUGAUUUUCUAGCUAUUAAGGAGAUAUCCCAAAAUAUAUCUGGAAACAACUAAGUUCUCCUAUAAAAAGCUUCACACCAUAUUUAUAUUGCAAACUAGGGCGCUUAUUGUAAUGAAAAAUAUUCAGCCAUAUUUGUAUUAUGUGCAGGACAUAUUGUGACACGCCCAUACUAAGGAACAGUACCAUAUUCCCUGUAUAAGGCACUGGUGUGUACAAUAUGGAAAGCUCUUUUGAUGAACUUCAGACUUUUUUUGCCUUCACAGCAGGACCGUCUUUAACACAGGGCAAAAGGGGCAGCUGCCCUGGGCCCAGUCUUUGUUGAGGGGCCCAAGAGUCCUAAAAAAAAAAAAAAAAAUUUUUUUUUUUUUUUUAGUUCAUGCCAGACUGCUGAUGUCAUGUGACAUGGAGGACACACACAGUCAGUCCUAAUAUUGUCACAGUCAAAAGUUCUUUGCUUAUAUUUAUUUGUGAGAAACUGUGCCAGACCAUGCCGAUGUCAUGUGACAUUCCAAGCUAGUGCCAUGUGCUGUUUUAGAUGUGCACUGUGCAGCACUGGAUGCUAAGCCCUAACUAGGCAUCCAGUCAAUCCCACUGCAUCAGAAAAGGUCCUGCUGGGGUUACUACUGUCACCAGGUAACUGCUCUGGUGGUGGAGAUUGUUUCUGGGUAGGGCUCACUAUAGGCGCAUGCAGCAGAAAGCUGCAGUGGCAGGCACGUGAGGAUUUGAGCAUCUGUGCAGCUGCACACACUGCUCUCUUCAGUCUUGAGGCUGUGUGACUCGUCUGUAUCCAUGCAGCCUUGGGCAGACAGCAUCCAGUCUGCUGGUCCCCUUAGCCCUGCUCUUUCUGCUGUGGCUCUAAGAUCAACUAACUGAAGUUUGUUAGGAAAACAGUGUUUUGUAGAAAGGUGUCAGUGAAAAGAAUAAGUGAGUGUACACAUGCCCGUCCCCCAUGCAGCAUUGUCUAGUGCAGGAUGAGAGGGAACUUGUUCCUAGCAAAGUAGUGACAUGUGCUGCUGUGGCUGAUGUAUAGUGUCAUGCUGAUACUUCACACAUUAAGGUAAGGUUUAUUUUUAUAGUUUUUAUUUCUCUCUGUUUCAGAUUUUACAGCUUCCCAUAGUAGUUCUACUGUUCCAGUCAGUAAACUUAUAUCUGUCUGCACCUCUAUGCUUCCGCCUCAGUCUUUACCUUGCUUUGCUCCUGUUGGCUGCCCUAAAUCUCUUUAACCAGCUAACCUCACACCAGAAUCACAUUCAAAAGCAUAUUAAAUUAAUCCAGAGGGAGGAAUUUAUAUAUUUAUUUACUUAUUAGUACUGCUUAGGUCCAGUUUCACAUAUUGCAAUUUUUUUUAAUGAUGAGCCCAGCAGUGAUUUAGUUGUUUUUUUGGUAUAUUUAGGUGGAGAGCGAAAUUGCAUGGGGGGGGGGGGGCCCAAGAAAAUGUUUGCCCAGGGUCCAGUCAGUAAUAAAGACGGCCCUGCUUCACAGCACCAUAUUGACUACUCCAGCUAAUGGCCAUUUUGAAAUGAUUAAUUUAAUCACAUUUAAGGACAAAACAGUGCAUCAGACCUUGCAGUAUUAAAACGUCAUAUUCAGCUUGGGUGUUUUGAUUCCAUUUUCUAUUCAAAGUACAGCCUGUUUAAUUAGUUUAGUUACAGGAAAAUGAAACAGCUGGUGAUUACAAGACGUUUAACAAUCUUGUAAGCACAUAACAUACUGGUGGAGUGUGAAAAUUCUCUGGAUACACUGACACUGCUGCAAUUUGUAAUGGUCUGGAUUCCUUCCCCCAUUUCUUGAUUUUGAAGAGCUAAUCUAGACUUGUUAUAGGAGUAUACAUAGUAACAUUUGUAUUGUUUUUGUAAUGCCCUUUUUUAAAGCCUCUUAUAUCCUCUGCUGAGGCUUGUUAAGAAAUAAAUGAGCUUUUAAAUUACUUAAACAAUAACUGGCUUGUGAAGCCUGAAGUAUAAGGCCACAAUUUUCAGGGAUAAAUUACUGAAAAAGUGUUUCCAUAAUUAACAAAAGUAUAUGCAUUUUUUUUUAAUACCUAUAAUAAACAUAUUACUGUACAAUCUUAAA